GUGGCCACACGGGCGCCAUUUUAAACCGGAAGUGGAGUCCAAAAAAUCGGAAGCGGGGCUCUGAGGGAGCAGGAAAAUGGAGCGCCGGUUCCCUGCGGCGGUUGCUUUGACAGUGUUGCUGUCGCUGUUCGUUUCAGGCCCGAGGCUGCUGCGUUGGAAGGGCGGAGGAGAGGAGGCCGAGGAGGGAGGGUCGGCCUUCUCUCUGGGGCCUGAGGCCUUGCAGGGGCUGCAAGUUUAUCGGCUGGUGACCUACAUCUUUGUAUAUGACGACCCGGUCUCCUGGGUGUGCGGUGCCAUCAUCGCCUGGUACUUCGCCGGCAGCUUUGAGAAGACCGUGGGCACCGUGAAGCACAGCUUCCUCACCUUGGCCUUCGCCGUCGCCUCGGCCCUGCUCUACCUCCUGCUCCGGGCUGCCUUUGCCAGCGUCUUGGAGGUGACGGACGCCAAGGGAUUCGCACCCGUGGCUUUUGCCAUGCUGGCCGCAUCCAUCGCCCGCUCCCCGAUGAGAAGGACGCUGGUUUUGGGAGUCAACCUCCGGGUGGCACUAGUCCCCUGGUUCCUGCUCUGUGUGGCUUGGUUUGCACUGAUCUCUUCCUUCCUUGCAAACCUUUGUGGCCUCGUGAUUGGGAACCUCUAUGGUUACGGCUUCUGCUCCCGCGUGGAUCUCCCCGAAUCGGCCGUCUCUCAUCUGGAUCAAAAAUUCCCUUUCCAGCUGCUGAAGAGAAUCCCAGGCCUCAAAUAUGUUCCAGGGUCCCUAGCAGAACGAAGAGCCUCCCAGAGCCGGAAGCUAAAUCCAAUGCCAGGUUCUUACCCGACGCAGAGCUAUCACAGCCCGCCGCCUCCUGUCUUCUUUGCCGUCCCUGGCCCACAUCCCAGCAUGCACCCCCAAACUUCAAGGGUGCAGCACCCACUAUCUCCUGCACAAUACCCAACCACUAGUGCCUUUGUAGAGCCGUGCGCCCAGCACCAUUUCCAUGCUCCCCCAGGAUCCUCCUCCUCCUCUUCUCCGCAUCUUGGCGGAUCUGACUCAUGGGUGCCUGCAAGAACAGAUGGCUCCAGCAUCCACCAGGCGCCUGGGUUCAUAACUACAGCAGCAGGCCCAGAAUCGAUGGACCUUUGCCGGGUUCAGGUAGGUUGAGGGACUGGUGGGCAGCCCAGGUCCUUGGACCUUGCUGGAAUUCGGAUGAGGAAAGGGGCUCUGGACUCUCCAAAUGGAUUGGCGUCGCAUUUUGCUGCUGGGCUUGCAGAGACUGAGUGAAACGGGAGGGAAAAGGUUUGGACCUCCAUUUUGAACAACAAAAGUCUCUUGUGCAGCUCAGAAAUGUCUCCAUCUUGUGUGAAACUCAUGGGCUCCUUUGAUUGAUUGAAAACAUAGAAGAUUGCUAGAGGGUCUUUAUAUUGAGGUGGGACUCAUAGAGCCCUCAUGAUAUCAUUGGACUGCAGCUGUUUUGAAAGGUUUGAAUGAAAUGCUUCUGGCCCCUUGGAAGGCAAUGUGAGUAAAUUAUUAUUAUUAUGAUUA